AUGGGCCGUUAUGCUUGGGGUGACUGGAAGCCUACGGCAACAAUGCUGUCCGUUGUUGUAGUGUUCGCCGUGCUCAACACACUGACGAAGAUGGCCUUCAACCAAGGGAUGCACACCACUGUCCUCAUCACGCUCCGUCAGCUCACCGCCUUCCUCUUCCUCGCCCCAAUCGCCUACUACCGGGAGAGGAAGACAAGGCCUAAGAUGACACUUGAGAUCUUUGUGUAUCUCUUCUUCAGUGCAGUGCUUGGUGCCUCACUUACGCAGUGGCUGUUCUUCGUGGGGCUACGAUACACCACAGCAACAUUUGCAUGUGCCUUCAUCAACAUGACUCCCAUGUUCACUUUUCUUGUGGCACUUCCUUUUGGGAUGGAGAAACUGGACCUCAAGACUGGAGCCGGCAUAGCGAAGGUGAUUGGCACAACAGUAGGGUUCACAGGAGCGAUCCUGCUUGCACUCUACCAAGGUCCAUCACUGACCAAACCCUCACCUGCUGCACCUGGAGCAGCAAUGGCGGCUGCGGCGGGACAUGGCGUUGGCGCACAUCAUCAAUGGGCGAUUGGGUCCGUGGCUCUACUUGCAGGCGCAGCAUGUUGGUCCUUUUGGUUCAUCCUCCAGUCAAGACUGGGGAAGAAGUACCCGGCGCUCUACUCUGGUAAUGCCCUCAUGUUCUUGCUCAGCUUCCUUCAGAUGGCUGCCGUGGGGCUGGCCACAGAGAGGGACCUGUCAGUGUGGAUCCUCAGAACCAAGCUUCAGAUCAUCACUGUGCUCUUUGUGGGGAUAAUGGGGUCUGGAGUUGGUUUCUUGGCCAUGUCUUGGUGCAUCGAGCAAAGAGGUCCAGUCUUUACCACUGCAUUCACACCUCUGAUACAGCUGAUAGCAGGUGCUAUCAACGUCGUCGCUCUCCAUGAACAGCUCCAUGUUGGAAGCGCCCUGGGCUCUGCUCUUGUAAUUGCUGGGUUAUACUUUGUCCUCUGGGCAAAGACCAAAGAGGCAUCAGAUGCUCCUCCUCCAUCCAGCAAUAUUAAUGCAAUAGACAGGGACGGCCAAGAGAAACCAAAGCAAGCGACGCAACAAAGAGAGGAUGCUGUCUGA